UUUUGCUACCUGUCGCGACGGUUUAAAAAGUGAUUUCUAGCCAAUCACCGAGAGUUAUUUAACUUCAAAGUUACUAUGGUGCAUUUUCUUACCAAACAAAGUAAAAAUACAAAAAUAUGAAACUUAAAUCCUUCAACAUGUCCAGAACUGAUAUAAAGUCGACGAAAAGUGUUCAUUUCAAGUGAUAUGUUGUAUUGUUGUCGUGAUUUUUAUACACUUUUUGUAUUAUUUUUAUGGAUGUUAUAACCAAUAAUCCUGUGGUCAAAAUGGACGAAGUCAACAACGUUCGUCAGAACAACCUAGUACCGCAAUAUUCCACCUGCAGCUUUGAUUCCAACGGUGAUGAAUUAAGUAAAUGUGAUAAUGCUUCCUCAUAUCAACGGAUAUGUUUCAUUGGCGAUGUUUCGUACGAUAAUGAUCUACGAAAGGUUGCAGAACAUUACAACCUACCCAUUGUUACGUCUGAAACAGGUCGAGAAUUUGCUCAAGAGAAUAAUUGCAGUACAAUAUUUGUGAUAGAUAAGUUCCAUGGUCCUACUUUUUCCAAUUUACACAAAGCAAAACAACCUAUAUUAGGGCCACCAGCCCUAAGGCAGUUAGUUAAGCGAAAUGAACCCCUUCCAAAUAAUAAGACUAGGCCAUUGUAUAAUCUGGCGAUGUCUGGAGUUGUUGUGUGUUUCACAGGGUUUAGAAAUAAGGACGAUUUGGCACAAUUGGUACCUCUAAUACAUCACAUGGGUGGUUCGAUUAGAAAAGAAAUGUCCGCCAAAGUAACUCAUUUAAUAGCUUACACUUGUGGAGGACAAAAGUAUCAUUAUGCUGCUACGUUUAAAGUACCUGUUCUCAAUCAGAGUUGGGUAUUGAAUGCGUGGAAAGAAAAAUAUGCCCUCGAUUUUUCUGCAACAAAUGAUUCUUUUUUGAAUUCACACAAACUAAAACCUUUCCAAGGCGCUCAUAUCAGAUUUGAAGGCUUUCCAGAAGACGAGGAAGUACACAUGAGAGAAGUAUUAGAAGCUAAUGGGGGUAAAGUUUGUGAGACCAACGAUCCAAAUUGUACACAUGUUGUGAUGGAUUACAGAGAAGGCUACAGCAUGGACGCAGGCGCACAGUUAACCUCGCCCACAGUUAACGAACCCUUCAUUUAUCCCGAUAACCCCACCACUCCUCUCACCUCUACCGCCGUCAAAGAAACAGUGGAUGAAUUAGAAUCGUUCAGUCGGUUCCAGACAAUCUAUAACACUCCUCUGAAUUCCACGACUCGUAGCGUUUUCCUGGAAACGUUAGACGAGAGGUCACACGACGACAUCAGUGUGUUAGACCAAACCUUGAACACAACUACCUCUUCAACAACCCGGAAGAGAAAGAUCGAGUCUCCAGAGUAUUUUUGUACCAUCAAGAGGAAAAGGGAUAAGAGCUUUAGCGAGAAAAAGAAAAGGGUCUCCAGCUUUUUUAAAACUCCGAUCAAUUACUUCUCGCAGAGGAGAAGAACCAUACAUUCGACCAGCUUCAACGAAAGCCUCAACGAGAGUGUGAUUUCCAGUUCUGGAGUGUUCAAUGUGGACACUGUUCAAGAUCUCAGUCACACCUUGGAUAGUUCUCAGACGCCGAAGAAGUCUAAGAAAAACCUGUUGAGAAGAACGUUCAGUUCAAAGUUUUCCGCUAGUAAGAAGCGGUCGAAGGCUGACUUGAAUUCAUCCAAGUAUUCUUUGGCGGAGGGUGUGGGAAGUGGUGAGAAGGACGAGGUAGACAAGUUCAAUACUUCCUGUUUUCCGGCAAUAGGCCGGGUUCCUGCCCUACCCAGCCUAGCUAUACCUGAUCAAACCGAGCCUAGCAAUGAGCUGACCAGGGAGUUAAGGGGGCUGUCCGUAACAUCAGCUGCGGUCGUGGAUGAGUCUUCGGUAGGGGAGAAGCCAGACGCUAAUUUGAAGACAUGGGUGGUUAAGGCAGAAUGGUUUUGGAUGUCUGUGCAGAAGCAGAUCACUCAGUGCGAGAAGGAUUACCUGUUUGAUGACUAUAUCGAACAAGUGCUCUCCCCCAAUGGAAGGAGGGACUCCCAUCAAGCCACGCCCAGCAGUGCCAGCAGAAGGAAGCGCAAAAGGAUCCACGAGACCAUCCAGUCCCUAGUCAACCAACAAUCGCCCACUUUACAUAAGCGUCGAUCGUCUGUAAGUGAUGCUGGUCUUCUAUCCGUAUCGGGCUCAUUCUUAGAUUGUACGGCCAGUCCGGACAAGGCCCUAUUGGACGGACCCGAAGUCAGUGAUUCGUCCAGAAAGGGCAAGACCGCACGGCAUCAGGUUUUCCUCGAGCUGCUGCAGACCGAGUCGAACUAUGUCAACAUUCUCGAAACCAUCAUAUUGAUGUUCAAGAAGCAUCUUGAGGAUAUGACGGGAGAGGAAGCAUUGCUCAACAACACAGAAGUGAACCUUAUUUUCGGCAAAAUUCCACCAAUCUAUGAUGUGCACGUCAAGAUGCUUGGAGAACUGAGAAAGACUGCCGCUCAAUGGACCGAAGACCGGUGCAUCGGGAGCAUCAUCUACAAGUAUGCCAACGAGCUAUUGACGGCCUAUCCACCCUUCAUCAACUACUUUGAGGAGAUGAAAGAGGUGCUGAUUAGGUGCGACCAGACCAAACCGAGGUUCCACGCCUUCCUGAAGGCCUGUCAAACGAGACCGGAGUGUGGCAGACAGAGUCUCACGGAACUGAUGAUAAGACCUGUACAGAGGCUGGGCAGCAUAAGUCUGCUAUUGAACGAUAUACUCAAAAAUACUCCAGUAACAAAUCCAGAUCAUGCAGCUCUGGAACAAGCUCAAGAAGAACUGAAAGAAAUCAUGACGCACAUAAAUGAGGAUAAGAGAAAAACUGAAGGUCAAGUGACGUUGUUCAACAUCUUCAAUGAAAUUGAUAAUUGCCCGCCUGAAAUGGUGUCCGCCCAUCGAAUUUUCAUCGCCAAAUCGGAAGUGAUACAACUGAACUCGCCGGACGUCCUGUCCAGCAAGGGCAACAACCUGGUCCUCUUCCUUUUCUCCGACCAAUUGGAAGUAUGCAAGAAAAAAUCGAAAUCCUUCAACAGCCUUAAGAGCCCCACGGGCGUCAGUACGUCUUCUCAGAGCAAGACGAACUGUAAACCUUACAAGCACAUCAGAAUGAUGGCGCUAAACACGAUCAAAAAGGUGAUAGACAUUAAAGAAACCGAGGACUGCCAGAAAGUUUUCAGUUUGGUUUGUAGGCACAAUGACGAGGUCAAGGAGAGGUUGUAUUGUUUCGCGAUGGCCGACGAAGAUGCAGACAAGGCUGAUUUUCUGAAGACCUUAACUAAGCAAAUGGCAACUAAUUCCUGUACUGCUGAUGCGGAUAAGUUCAUGGCUUAUCUGGAACCUCAGCAGUUGGAGAUCGAUACCAGCGAUCUGAGCAAUGGAACGCUAUCGAAGGCUUUCAAGUUCGCCAGUCGUACGAAAAUGAAGGUCGGGAGGGCGUUUUCCUUCAAUAAAACGCCCUCUAAACUAAAAAGGGCCGUGUCUUCCAUGAUGUCUCCGUUCGGCAGCUCUACGAAUCUGACCCCCGCCAAUCAGCUAGCCCAGAUGAAAUUGGCCAGCUAUAGCAACAUCAACGAAUUAGGAAAUGGUGAAAACGAACCUGAAAAUCCGCCACAAGCCCCCUUAUCUGUACAACCCACUCGUAAAAUGAAAGCAGCAUCUUUAGGAGUGACUGCUAUGAAAAGAUUAUAACAGUUAGUGUUUCAGAUAUCACUUUUUUAAGUUUUAUCUCUGUCGAAUAUUUGUAUAUAGCCAUCAUAGAUCAAAAUAAUAAUUAAGGAUUAGAUAUUAACUAAAUUCUAUUAUUUAUGUUUUAAAAUCAAUAUAUUAAUUGUGAUUGGAAAGUAAUUCAAGCAAUUUUUAAACUCUGUAAUAUAUUUAUUCUACCAGAUUAUAAACUGUACAAAUUGUAGUUUUAUACCAUGUUAAAUACACCUUAUAGGUGAAUUUUAAUUCAAUAUAUUUUAUGCUUCUGGAUUUA